CACCUCUACCCCCACCUCACCCUGUUCUCUCGCAGCACCGGGGAUGAGCACAGCCCAGGGAACUGGGGUCACCUGGACCAGGUGGCUGCUCUGCACUGGAUCCAGGACAACAUUGCCAACUUUGGAGGGGACCCAGACAAUGUGACCAUCUUUGGAGAGUCAGCAGGAGGAGAGAGUGUCUCUGUUCUUGUGUUAUCUCCCUUGGCCGAGAACCUCUUCCACCGGGCCAUCUCUGAGAGCGGCGUGGCCCUCAGCCCCUGCAUGUUCCGGAGGAGCACCAGUGCUGGAGCUCAGGCAGGUCUCGCCUCCGACAUUGCUGCCGCAAGUGGAUGUCCCACCCACAGCUCCGCCGCCAUGGUUGAGUGCCUGCGCCAGAAGUCAGAGAAGGAUCUCUUGGAGACCACGAAGAAAAUGAAAUUCUUCAGUCUUGAUGUAUCACAAGACCCCAAAAAGAGAUACCCUUUCCUCACAACUGUGAUUGACGGGACGGUGCUACCCAAGGACCCUGAGGCGAUUUUGGCUGAAAAGAAUUUCAACACAGUCCCCUACAUCUUGGGAGUCAACAAGCAUGAAUUUGGCUGGUUUAUUCCAAAGGCGAUGGGCUACCCGCUCUCUGAAAACACAUUAGACCAGAAGACGGCCACGAAACUCCUGCUGCAGUCCUUCCCACUUGUGAACCUUUCAGAGAAGCAGUCUAUUGAUGCCAUCGCGGAGUAUUUAGGAGACACAGAGGACCCUACCAAGAAGAAAGACCAGUUCAUGGACUUGAUGGGAGAUGUCAUGUUUUGUGUCCCAACUGUGCUUACAGCCCGUGGCCACAGAGAUGCCGGAGCCCCCACCUACAUGUAUGAGUUUGAGUAUCGCCCGAGCUUCGUAUCAGACAUGAGACCCAAGUCGGUGGAAGGAGACCAUGGGGACGACGUCUACUCUGUCUUUGGGAUGCCAUUUUUAAAAGGGGGCGCCUCAGAAGAGGAGACCAAGCUCAGCAGGAUGGUGAUGAGAUUCUGGGGCAACUUUGCUCGCCAUGGGAACCCCAAUGGAAAAGGACUCCCCCACUGGCCAGAGUACAGCCAAGAAGAAGAGUACCUGAAGAUCGGCCCCCAAACCAAGGCCGCCAAGGGGCUGAAACACAGGGAAGCGGUGUUCUGGACCACGCUUAAGUCUGGGAGAACAGGACAGCUGCUUGACGAAGGACAGGAGUGUAGGAACGCCAGUGGCCCGAGAGGAGAGCUGUGUAUGAGGGACAGAAGCAAGAGGACUCAGAGCACAGAGGACUCCUAGUUCUGGGUGCCACCCUCCAGGAACCCCAGGGGCAAAACAGGUGUGGGUUCUGAGGGGCUGGAGAAUUGUGGGAUGGGCUGGGCAUAGACCAGGGAGGGGGCAUGCCUUUGCGGAU